UUUUCUGAUAUCUCAAGAUGGGGAUUUCCAAUUUAAUGAUGGCGAACGAUUUUGUCGCACAACCCGCAUUACAAGAUUUUCACGUUUUCGUUCCAUAGUGGUGGGUUAUGCCUCCGUACGCAGUAACAGUGCACAAAUGGGUCGAUUAUUUUGCCAAGCCUAUGUUAGACCCCAACCUUGUAAUUGCGGUUGGUCCGUAAAUACACGCAUCACAAAUGGUCGAGAAACAAUGAGACAUGAAUUUCCCUCUAUGGUGGCACUGCGAGAUGUAAACUCGCCACAAAGAGUAUUUUGUGGUGGAAAUAUAAUUAGUCAUCGUCAUAUCUUAACGGCUGCCCAUUGUAUGCGGCUCUUUCCAGAGCCAAGUAGAAUUAUGGCACAUGUGGGAGAUCAUGAUUUGGCUGUCACUGGCGAAUCUCUAUUUGAGGCCCAAUAUCGCAUACAAAGGAUCAUAAAUCAUCCCAGCUACACUUCAGGACCUAUUUCCACUAAUAAUGACAUAUCGAUAUUAAUAACCACCUUGCCAAUAGAAUGGUCCCGUGGAGUGGGUCCUAUAUGCUUGCCUUGGCGAAGAGAAACAGAAUCUUUUGCCUAUCAACAAGUCGAUGUUGCCGGUUGGGGUGUUCUUUCUUUUGCCGGCAUGAAAUCAAAUACUCUACAGAAGGUCCAAUUGCUAAUAACGGAGAAUAGCAUAUGCCAAGAAUUCUACAAUGGAUCGAUACAGCAAUCCCAUAUUUGUACAUACGAUUACAUGGGUCAGGGUCAAGAUGCAUGUCAAUAUGACUCAGGUGGUCCAGUUAUAUUACGAAACUCACGCAUGUUCCUUUUGGGUCUCAUCAGUUUCGGUCAGAGUUGUGGUCGACGCUAUGGGAUAGGAGUAAAUACCCGUAUUACCUCUCACUUGGCAUGGCUAUGGGGCUACAUACAAAAUGAUGUCUGUGUUAUGUAACUUUUGUAACUAUAAUUUUGUAUAUAAUCUCCCCCAAAUGAACACAAGUGGUCAAGGGGCUCCUGUUGUCCCAAGAGCCACUUAUUACUUAAUUUAUGCAUAAUUGUAUUUUUAACUCUACUUGUCAGUUUAUUUGCUUGGU